UGCUAUUUAAUUUCAUUUACAGUUUAUCUUUGCUUCAUCACACUCAUCAUUAAUUGUUGCUAAACGAAUAUAAAAUACUUAUUUUUAAUUUUGAAUUUUUCAAUAUAAUACACUUAUGUUGCAAAAAAUGAAUAUAGAAGAUAAAGUUGCGAUAGAAACUAAUAAUGAUAAAAAAUUUUCAUUAAAAGAAGAAUGGAACAGUUGGAUAAAGCAUUUAAAUUGGCCAUUUACUAUUUUUCAUAUAAUUAGUCAUAUUGUUGCAUUAUAUGGAUUUUUGACAUUUCCAUAUUUAACACAUAAAUUGACAGCAUUUUGGGCUUAUGCUUAUUAUAUUUUUGCUGGUUUUGGAGUAGCUGCUGGUGCUCAUCGUUAUUGGACACAUCGAUCUUUUAAAGCUAAAUUACCCUUUCAAAUAAUAUUGGCUGCUGGCUACUAUUCUACAGGCAUGUUUCAAUUGCGACGAUGGAUUAAAUUGCACAGAAUUCAUCAUAAAUACACUGAUACCGAUUCAGAUCCGCAUAAUAUAAAUCGUGGAUUUUGGUUUGCACACAUUGGAUGGUUUUUAUUACCAAAACAUCCGGAAUUUUUAAAAAAAUUAAAAGAAAUUGAUAUGAGUGAUAUUAAUGCUGAUCCAGUAGUGAAUUUUGGUGAUAAGCACUUUGUGAUUUUAACAAUUCUCCUUACGUUUAUUUUACCAACCGUUGUGCCAGUAUUUUUAUGGAAUGAAACUUGGUAUUUGGCAAUAAUUUCCCAAUGUUUUAUGCGCUAUAAUUUUGUAAUAAAUGCAAUAUCCUCUGUUAAUAGUGUUGCACAUAUGUUUGGCUACAAGCCUUAUGAUAGAACGAUACAGCCAAGAGAUAGUAAAUUAGCUCAAUUAUUGACACAAGGAGAAGGUUGGCACAAUUUUCAUCAUACAUUCCCUUGGGAUUAUCGUGGUGGUGAAGUUUCAAAAAUUGAUUUUAAUUUUUCUCUGUAUUUGAUUAAAAAAUUUGAACAAAUUGGAUGGGUCUAUGAUUGUAAAAUAGCAAACAAUGAACUUAUUCGAAGUGUAAUGGAUAAAAGAGGCGACGAUAGCUAUAAAUUGUAUAAAUAAAAAUUUUUUAAAAUUGAAUUUUCCAAAUAGAAAAUUUAUAACGCAAUAACUAUUACAUUAUGUAUUAAUUUAUUAAAGGGAUGUGCGAAAGCUAA